CUNAUGCAUUCACUUUUGAGCAAGCGCAUGAUCCAGUUUGACAUCUAUAAGUUCAAUGGAAAGGAGACCGUCUAUCUUGCCAAUGGACGAGAGAUCAAUUUCUUAAACGCCCAAGCUCACAAUGGCAUCGUUCACGAGUUGAAGACAGGCAUGGACUUCAUCUACGGUCGAAAUGGAACACUUCUUGAUGAGUUGUCUGCUAUUCCCAGAUUCAGCCAGUUCGUCCAAUACAUGAAGGACCAUUCCAUGGGUCCUACGCUGGUCGACACCAAAAACAAGACCACCCUUCUUGCCGUGAACAACAAAUUGUUCAACCAGAUGAAGGAAACCCUGAGUGAACCUGAAUUUCACAGUAGAAUGUCUUUGAACCACGUGUUCCGAAACACUUGGUACACCCUUGGUCUGUUUCAGACCGAUUUCAUUGAAGCUAUGAGCGGAAAAAUCAUCAUGAUUACCAAGAACAACGACGGUGAUGUGAUGUUUGAUGAGAUGUAUAGCCUGAUUGCCUCCGAUUUCACUUGCCGCAAUGGUGUUUUCCACGAAGUCGAUGGAAUCCUAUAAUCAAAAUGGAGAAACCUUUGGAGGAAUUGGAAGAAGAAACCGUGUUUCUUAUCAAAUAAACUUUGUAUGUUUGGCAGUCGAUGGAAACGUUUUGCAUCACCCAUUGAGAUUGGAAUACACGUCGUUGUAUGACGAUUGAAACCAA